UCCGAUUUGCAGAUUUCGGUGCAUUACCAAAACGAAUGUUGGCACCGAUCGAAGGUUAUGAAAAGAUGCCAUUGGUAACACUCGAAGAGGCUGUGAAGCCUCUUGUCAAAAUCGUGCCGAAAGUCGAGCGCAAUGUAAAGGUGGUCAAAGAAAAUUGUCAAGAACCCGCAGAUGGCUUGACGACUGACGAAUCGGCUUCAAUUAUGUUGUACACGUAUGAGUCGAUGCCGACUGAAGACUCAUUGUACGUUAAACUGAACCAAACCUUACGCUCUGAACAACGAAAAAAUUUAAUUCCAUGGUUCCUGUAUCUUCGGCUCAUACUGACGGCGCUAGCUCGUCUUCCAUCAAAGAGUCGUUUCGUUUUUCGAGGAAUCCGAGAAAACUUGUGGGCUGACUAUCCACAAGGCAAGACUUUCAUUUGGUGGGGAUUUUCAUCGUGUACUACGUCAGUCGGAGUGUUAGAGAACGAGCAAUUUUUCGGUAAAACUGGAAACAGAACUCUAUUUCAAAUAGAGUGUACAACAUCAAAAGACAUAAAAAAACAUUCAUUUAUAGCCGAUGAAGAUGAAGUACUUUUAUUACCCGCGAGAAAAUUUCAUGUCAAAUCUUGUCUCGAUUCUGGCCAUGGACUUCAUAUUGUACAAGUCGAAGAAGUGACUCCAGAGUACGAUCUUCUUGAACCGGUUCCAGUACCAGAUCCAGUGGUGAAACCCAAAAAUGACAUCCAAGGUAAAUCUCAAUGUGACGAUUUCUAG